AUGUCCCGGCAUCACAGCCGCUUCGAACGAGAUUACCGGGUGGGCUGGGACCGCCGAGAGUGGAGCGCCAACGGCACACAUGGCACCACCAGCAUCUGUAGCGCCACCGCCGGUGCCGGCGGGGCCACCGUCAGCAGCCUCAGUGCCCGGCCCGGCCUCCUGCCACUGCCCGUCGUGCCCUCCCGGCUGCCCACGCCAGCCACAGCUCCUGCUCCCUGCACCACCGGCAGCAGUGAGGCCAUCACCAGCCUUGUGGCCAGCUCUGCCUCCGCUGUCACCACCAAGGCCCCUGGUAUCUCCAAGGCAGACAGUCAGUCCCAAGGACUGGCAACCAGCAUCCGGUGGGGACAGACGCCCAUCAAUCAGUCCACACCCUGGGACACUGACGAACCACCGUCCAAACAGAUGAGGGAGAGCGACAACCCAGGCACAGGGCCAUGGGUGACCACGGUGGCCGCCGGGAGCCAGCCCGCCCUGAUCGCACACUCCUAUGGAGUGGCCCAGCCUCCCACCUUCAGCCCAGCUGUGAACGUCCAGGCCCCAGUCAUUGGGGUGACCCCCUCACUGCCUCCCCACGUGGGGCCGCAGCUCCCGCUUAUGCCUGGCCACUACUCACUCCCCCAGCCGCCCUCCCAGCCUCUGAGCAGCGUGGUAGUCAACAUGCCUGCCCAGGCCUUGUAUGCCAGCCCACAGUCCUUGGCUGUGUCCACGCUGCCUGGUGUGGGGCAGGUGGCCCGCCCCGGACCCGCUGCGGUGGGCAACGGCCACAUGGCAGGGCCCCUGCUGCCUCCGCAACCAUCAGCCCAGCCAUCUGCCACUCUGCCCAGCAGUGCCCCAGCCACCAAUGGGCCCCCCAGCUCCGACUCGGCCCACGGGCUGCAGAUGCUGCGGACCAUUGGCGUGGGGAAAUAUGAGUUCACCGACCCAGGGCACCCCAAAGAAAUGUUGAAGGAAUUGAACCAGCAGCGCAGAGCGAAAGCGUUUACAGACCUGAAAAUUGUUGUUGAAGGCAGAGAGUUUGAAGUCCACCAAAAUGUUCUAGCUUCCUGCAGCUUGUAUUUCAAGGACCUGAUUCAAAGGUCCGUGCGCGACGGCGGCCAGGGCGGCCGGGAGAAGCUGGAGCUGGUCCUGUCCAACCUGCAGGCGGACGUCCUGGAGCUGCUGCUGGAGUUCGUGUACACAGGAUCCCUGGUCAUCGACUCGGCCAACGCCAAAACCCUGCUGGAGGCGGCCAGCAAGUUCCAGUUCCACACCUUCUGCAAAGUCUGUGUGUCCUUCCUUGAGAAGCAGCUGACAGCCAGCAACUGCCUGGGGGUGCUGGCCAUGGCCGAGGCCAUGCAGUGCAGUGAGCUGUACCAUAUGGCCAAGGCCUUCGCGCUGCAGAUCUUCCCCGAGGUGGCAGCCCAGGAGGAGAUCCUCAGCAUCUCCAAGGAUGACUUCAUCGCCUACGUCUCCAACGACAGCCUCAACACCAAGGCCGAGGAGUUGGUGUACGAGACCGUCAUCAAGUGGAUCAAGAAGGACCCUGCAUCCCGGGCACAGUAUGCAGCUGAGCUCCUGGCAGUUGUCCGCCUCCCCUUCAUCCACCCCAGCUACCUGCUCAAUGUGGUUGACAACGAGGAGCUCAUCAAGUCAUCAGAAGCGUGUCGGGACCUGGUCAACGAGGCCAAGCGCUACCACAUGCUGCCCCAUGCGCGCCAGGAGAUGCAGACGCCCAGGACCCGGCCCCGCCUCUCGGCAGGUGUGGCCGAGGUCAUCGUUCUGGUUGGGGGCCGUCAGAUGGUGGGGAUGACCCAGCGCUCGCUGGUGGCUGUCACCUGCUGGAACCCGCAGAACAACAAGUGGUACCCCCUGGCCUCGCUGCCUUUCUAUGACCGCGAAUUCUUCAGUGUAGUGAGUGCCGGGGACAACAUCUACCUCUCAGGUGGGAUGGAAUCAGGGGUGACGCUGGCUGAUGUCUGGUGCUAUAUGUCCCUGCUCGAUAACUGGAACCUCGUCUCCAGGAUGACAGUCCCCCGCUGUCGCCACAACAGCCUUGUCUACGAUGGGAAGAUUUAUACCCUUGGGGGACUUGGAGUGGCAGGCAAUGUGGACCACGUGGAGAGGUACGACACCAUCACCAACCAGUGGGAGGCGGUGGCCCCUCUGCCCAAGGCAGUGCACUCUGCAGCGGCCACCGUGUGUGGCGGCAAGAUCUACGUGUUUGGUGGGGUGAACGAGGCAGGCCGAGCGGCGGGUGUCCUCCAGUCCUAUGUUCCGCAGACCAACACUUGGAGCUUCAUCGAGUCCCCAAUGAUUGACAACAAGUAUGCUCCUGCCGUGACCCUCAAUGGCUUCGUUUUUAUCCUUGGUGGGGCUUAUGCCAGAGCUACGACCAUCUACGACCCUGACAAAGGAAACAUUAAGGCAGGCCCUAACAUGAAUCAUUCUCGCCAGUUCUGCAGUGCUGUGGUGCUGGAUGGCAAGAUUUAUGCAACCGGGGGCAUUGUUAGCAGUGAGGGCCCCGCCCUGGGCAACAUGGAAGCCUAUGAGCCUGCGACCAACACAUGGACCCUGUUACCCCACAUGCCCUGUCCUGUGUUCAGACACGGCUGCGUGGUGAUAAAGAAGUAUAUUCAGAGCGGCUGA